AUGAUGCAUCUGGGGCUCCUUUCUAUCUCGCGCCUUUGCUGCUCGCGGUCCAUCUUGCCUCAUAUCGCUGCUGUCAGCCUCUGCCCGCGCGCCGUCCGUGUUGUUGUAGUAAAUAAUGGCGGCAUCGGGAGGCGGAUUAUCACCUCCCGCUACCGUCGCGGGCUUGAGUGCCCAAGGGGUCGCCCGGGCUCGUUUCCCGGGUCGGCCUUGCACGGCUCGCAGCAGGCUGCGGUCGGAGAAACGUAUCAGACGCGGAAGAUUGGGCUUGGACGACGGGGAGCUCGCUGCCGGAGGGCCGAGGCCCGUCAACAUCGGCCUUGCGUUAAGCGAGGAUCCGUCCCUGCUGCGCCUGCUCGGGGUGACGGAGAAGCACAGGCGGCAGAAAGAUGUGGGCUUCGACUCCAGCAGUGAAGAGGAGGAAGAUUUCACUGGAUUUGGGACCACAAGAGUUCGUCCACAGAAAACUUCUGGCAAUGUUUCUCAGUCAUCGUUAGUCAGCCAAGCAAAGGCUCCCCAGGCUUCGGGUCAUUCUCUGGGAGCAAAGCCUCUCGUUGGAAAAAUUUUACCCAAGACUCCAAAAGCGGCUCUUAUUGGGAAAAUUGUACCAAGGGUCCCUAAAGAAGUCCAGGAUGGUAAAGACAACCCAGAAAAAGACCAACAAAUACCCAAAGCGGUUAUUCAACUGCAUGGCAAACAGGUAGCUCUCACUGCGAAAGCCAAACAUGCAGAUGUGCAGCCCUCAGGUAGACAGAGCAGUACAAGAUCAGCUGACAUUAUCAGGAGAACAGGAAAAUCAGCAGACUCAGGCAGCAAGCAAAACCAAACAGCUGCUACCUCAGCCGGUAGCCCCAAGCAAGAAAAGCCGCUAAGUUCUCUGACAGCAGUCAAGGGUGUAGAAAAGGCUUCCAAGGUCAAAGAAGAAGGUGAGGUGUCGGAGGACUCAUACACAGACCAAUCCCAGCCACAGAGAUCUGUCAGACGCAUAAGGGGCUUUCGAUUUGGGAACACCAGACGCACAUCUCAAGCAGUAGCUCUGUCAUUCACAUCCUUUCACAAACGGCAGAGGAAGAAAAUUCCUAAGGGCAUGGGUGCCUCUCCGGAGGCUGGAGCGGAGGCCGGUGCCCAAAGCGGAGAAGAGGCAGCAAUGCCUCUGGAGUGUAAAGGUGCAGAUUCUCCUGAAAAAAAAGUGCACAAAAAACAACGCAGGUCUUUGUUCGGAAAACGAAGGGCACCGAAAAAAAACCUUGAUCGGCCACGACUGAGUCGUAAUCGCACAAGGCGUGUUUUUUACACUUAUGUAACAGAGCCUGUUCCAGCCACGCCCACGCUGGAUGUGACUGAGCAGCAGGUGCAAGGUCAGAAUAUCACUCCAACAGAGGGUGAGCCAAGCUCCAUUUCUGAACAGGCCCAGCAGAGCUCAAACAACUCCACUCCUGUAAUGAGUGCACGGUCGUCCCGUGUUAUCAAAGUUCCGAAAAGGUUCUUGGACGAGCAAAUGAUUCCCUUCCCAAAAGGUUCUCUGACAACGUGGUUGAAAAGUCAACAGAGAGAUGACGGAAAACCAAGUCCAUCAUGUCAUGAGUCAAGCUCGGACGACAGCUCGCUGCCGUCAGACAGCGACUCUGCAUCUGUGGUUGACAGCCCGUCCUCUGUGUCAAAGUUCCCAUCAAAGCCCAGUCAAGGCUCGAGUCACCUAGAGAUCUAUAAGAACCUCAAGAAACUGACCUUGAAACUUGCCGAGAAAAAGAAAGGCCAGCCCGACGCUCAGGGGGAUUAUACACAUGAAGGUGACAGGUUGUCCUCUAAUGUCAAGAAGAGGCGGAGGUCAAAGAUCAUGAUGGAGGAGAUGGACUCUCCUGGUGUUGUGAGGAAACUAGCUGUGGUGGUGAACACUGAUGUGGAAGCUCUUUCACACGUGCCAUCAGCAGACAAAGGCAACAACAAUGAAGCUGGAAGCAUGACCGGGGACAGUCGCGAGGCGUUGGAAGUCAGCGGGCCGAGCCAUCGGAUUGGUCUCAGUGGAGCCAAUAAGACGAUGCUCCACCUGCUGAAGAAAGCCAAAGUCCAGCUCAUCAAGAUUGAUCAACAGAAGCAGCUCAAGUUGUCACAGUUGGGCUCCACAGAAUCUCAAGUGCCAGUGAGUGGAAGGAGGAGGAAGAGGAGAGUUGGCAUAUCUCCCAAAGACGCUCGCCCUCAGGAGCAGACGCUCGGUGGUCCGAGGAUCAAACAUGUCUGUCGGGCCGCGGCUGUGGCUUUGGGCCAGCCCCGCGCCAUGGUGCCAGAUGAUAUCCCCAGACUCAGCGCCCUGCCACUUCACGAGAGAGAGGGCAUCACCUUUUCUCCCACAGCAGAAGAUGUGGCAGAUGAUGACGAUGACAUCACUGAUCAGGGCAGGGCUCAGUGGGUUGUCUCUCAGGAAAACAUCCAGCGGAGGAGGAGGGGGCAGGGGAGGGGGAAGGGCCACAGGUUCAGGAAACGGAAGGUUCUGAGUCGGUUUGCGUCCGGGGGAGUUCGCUCCAGGCGCUGUGGACACUGCAAAGGCUGUUUGAUAGAGGAGGACUGCGCGGAGUGUGUCAACUGCCUCGACAAGCCCAAGUUCGGGGGACCCAACACCAAGCGACAGUGUUGCAUAUAUAAGAAGUGUGACCGGAUUGAGAAAGCAAAGAUGGAGCGCAUCAUCAAACCAUUUAAAGUCCAGUCGAGGCGGUUUUCGGGCUCUGUGUCAAGCAGUGACGAUGCGAACUGGAGGUUUGAAGGAGCAGACGAGGGAUCGUCCACAAUGUCGACUGGAGUCAGGAAACAGUCCCUGCGUAACAUCACGCCACGCUCCUACAGCGGACUGUUGAAGUCUGAAUCUGAAGAAGAGGACAAAGGAGGACAGGAUAAAGCAGAUGAACCAAGAGUCAAGCCAAAUGUAGCUGCCGCUAGCAACCAAGAUCUUGCCCCUCAAGAUGGCGGAUCACUGCCAGACAACCCUGCACCUGAGGUGGUGAAGCAUCGCCGGCCCUUCUCCAGAGCAGCUGGUAACAGACCCAGAGCUUACAAGGUAAAAACAUCACAAAGCUUUCCCUCCUCGCCUUCAGUGCGUCACCGAAUCGAACCUGGGCAAAGUUGUUUUUUGGUGUUUUUGGCUCAUAUUGGUAGUCUGUUGAACUUCCAUUUAGGUGGUGAAGAUUCAACAGUUCAAAAACGCUGCUGAAGAAGAAAGAAAUGUAUCGAUUAACUGACAGUCUGAGUAAUCAUAAUUUAAACAACAAACACCUCCAAAUAUUUUCACUGAAUACUUUGCCCAGGUUUGAAUCUCACUGUUUGUCUCGUUUUAAUUCAAUUGUUCGUUGGAAUGAAUGUUUCUAAUAAUAACAUCUUUCAGCCUUGCUCAUCUUCUGUUUCCUCUACUUCAUGUUAAACACCUUGCAUGUACUUCACCCCACACUUUAUACAUUCUGUACAAAUUAGGUUCAGGAUAGAGUGCAGCCUAUUUUUCUUUGGUAGAAGCAGAGCAUACACUCCCAGUUUAGCUUCUGUUUGAGGCAGCAUUUUAAUGGUGACCUUUUUGUUUUGAUCAGAAUCUGAUACAUAAUCUAUAUCUUGAUCAGCUUUACUGGGGAAAAAAAAGGUCCAAAUAAUAACCAUUAAGAAUUAGCCAUUAAUUACUUUACACAUGAGUUUAUUUUCUCCUGUGAUCAUACAUUUACAUAAGAAGCAUUGUGCACACGUGUUUACACAGGAAGAGGAAAAAUAGCCAAUCGCAGAGGAAAAUAAUUUAAUCUAAUCCUUUCAAAAUCACACUUCCAUGGAGCCUCUAUUUACUAUCGCUUUCUAACACUCCUAAUGGACUGGCUGCACAUUUUGACAUGUCAGGAAACUCACUGGAUAUUAAUGAUAGCUGCAUUCCACUUAGAGGAGGUCCUGCUGUUGUGUGUUCUGGCUCGCUGUCACUGGGACACUUAAUGGAACCGAGUCGUUGUACAGCCGGUUCAUUUCAGUGUUGAAAGCGCUGUCAGUCACACUGUGUCAUAACUAGCUAAGAUGAAGCAUAAACCUUGGCUGUGCUGCCUCACUCUUCGCUUCUGCUUAUUCUAGUUGGCAUGUACAUUCUUCAAAUCACAUGCCAGUCUCAUGUAGAAAACAGUUCGUUUGUCCACUGCCUUUUGCUUUUUC